GUAUGAGGUGUGGAGAGAGGACUCUCAAAGAGCAGAAGCUGCUGGUAUGGCGUCACCACUAAUGCUGGUGUUUUUAAGUGCUCUCCCUGGGGUCCUUUGCUACUAUUCCUCAUUCGUUGACCUGGAAGCUCAAGGAAGUAACCAGUCAUCCAUCAGGUUCCUGGUGUUGGGGGACUGGGGUGGACUACCUAAUCCUCCAUAUGUGACCCCCAUAGAGACCGCUACAGCCCGCAUGAUGGCCAAAACUGCUUCUCAGAUGGGUGCGGACUUCAUUUUGGCUGUUGGUGACAACUUCUACUACAAGGGCGUCACUGAUGUCAAUGACCCUAGAUUCCAGGAAACCUUUGAAGACGUCUACACUCAAGAUUCUCUUAACAUUCCUUGGUACGUCAUUGCUGGCAAUCACGACCAUGUAGGAAACGUCAAAGCUCAAAUUGAGUACAGCCAGAGGUCAAAGAGAUGGAACUUCCCCUACUACUAUUAUGAGAUGAACUUCCGCAUUCCUCGAACAGACAGUACUCUGACAAUCAUCAUGCUGGACACUGUGUUGCUGUGUGGCAACUCUGACGACUUUCUUGACCAGCAGCCUCGAGCUCCACGAAGUGGUGUACUGGCCAACCGGCAGCUGCUGUGGCUUCAGGAACGCUUGGCGAAGUCCAAAGCUGAUUAUCUCCUGGUGGCCGGCCAUUAUCCAGUGUGGUCCAUAUCCGAGCACGGGCCAACUGACUGCCUGCUGAAGAAUUUGAGGCCAUUACUAAAGAAGUACAAGGCCACGGCUUACCUUUGUGGCCAUGAUCACAACCUACAAUACAUCAAGGAGUCUGGUAUUGGUUAUGUAGUUAGUGGAGCUGGUAACUUUAUGGAUCCUGAUGUGCGCCACCGCAACCGCGUUCCCAAAGGCUACCUUAAGUUCUUCAAUGGCGAUGCCUCAACAUUGGGUGGUUUUGCUCACAUUGAGGUUGAUAAGAAACAGAUGACCGUUACGUUUAUCCAGGCUAGAGGAACCUCUCUGUACCGGGCUGUUCUUAAGAAGCGUGACGACGUUCUUGAGGACGACAACUUUUGAAAUUUUUAGUUUUUAUGUGACUGGGUAUAUUUACCCUGGUCUUUUAGAUUUUAUGUUGUGAAUUGAAAACUUGCUCAAGAUCUGUUUUAAAAAAAAAAAAAGUGCAGUUUUACAAUCCUUUAUUUAUAGAUUUAAGUUUAAUGAAUUGUUUUAAACAUGGAACUUUUUAAUAAUGAUUAAUUAAAUGUUCAUUUAAACUACUACUGAUCAACUGAAGUGUCCGCUACUUUUUCCUUUUUAUAUACAAGAGUAAGGAUUCAUCUAUUCUGGACUCUUAACCUCAGUGCUAGAGUCUACUUUGAAUGUAUUCCUAAUAAUGAAAGCUUAAGUUAACUGUUGAUAUUUGAAAGCAAAGUAGACAUGCUCAUAACUUAUCAGGACACUGGUUAUUUUUGUAACGUGCUUUCACUGCUGAUUGGUAGGUGACUAACUUUGAAUUUUUACUGGAAACCUCAAACCAGUGAUCAAUGAAAAUCCUUGCAUUGAAAUCAGGAUACAUUCAUAUUGAACAUUAUUUAAAGAAGCUUGUAAUGUUCAAUGUAGAUUUCACACGAGGAACAGUAAGGUAAACAUUUGGGCAAUAUUCUUAAGGUUUAUUUAAAAAAAAAAAAAAAAAAAAAAAA